CAGAAAAUAUUUCAUGGAUAACUUCAGAAAAAAAGAUGCGGAGAAAGACUGCAGUGAGCGCGUGCAGACCGGCUGCACCUGUUCAGGUGUGUCACAUGACACCUGAGGGAGGGAGUGAUGCUGCAGCGCCCCACACUUGAGGGUGUCACUUGGUGAUGUCACCUGAUGAUGUCACUGGGGCCUGAUGACCACUGAAUCUCUCUCUCUCUCUCUCUCUCUCUCUCUCUCUCUCUCUCUCUUUGUCUCACAGGUAAAGAGGAGCUGCCAUGUUGGCCUCCUCCAUCCCUCCAUCCUUCCUCCUCCCCCUCCUCCUCCUCCUCCCGUCCUCCCUACCUGCUGAUGUCACAGUUACUGCUGACCCCCCGAUGAAGAGUGUGAAGCUCCAUGGCGCCCCCCUUUCUCACCUGGUGCUUUACCCAGGGGCGGGGCAUCUAUAUGUGGGCGGGGUUGAUCACCUAUAUCAGCUGACCUCAGACCUGGAUGUGAUGUCACAUGUAAGGACCGGGCCUCAUCUGGACUCACCUGACUGCCUCCCCCCAAUCGUCCCCCAGGACUGCCCCUCGGCCAUGCCAACCCACAACCACAACAAGCUGCUGCUGCUGGAGGCGGGGCAGGAGGCGGAGCCAAGCAGUGUGAUCGUCUGCGGUUCACUCUAUCAGGGAAUCUGUGACAAGAGGAGUCUGUCUAACAUUUCUCAGCUGGUCUAUCAGACGAUGAAUCCCGUCGACACGCAGUAUGUUUCUGCUAACGACCCCCGAGUUUCCACUGUUGCCGUAGUGAUUACAACAGAGAACAAACAGGAAGUGGGCGGUACUGUACGUUUGAUGCUUGUUGGUCGAGGCUACACCAGCAAAGGUCCCGGUGAUAUCCCACCAAUCACGACGCGGCGUUUGUUCCCAGUGGUUCCCCCCCGCCGGGCGUUCUCUCAGGAGGAGGAGCUCGGGAAACUCGUCGUAGGAAGUUACUCCGAGUACAACAACCACUUUGUGAAGGCCGUUGCCCACGGUAACCAUGUGUACUUCCUGUUCUCUCGGCGGGACAUGUGGCAUAAAAAAGAAUACCGGACGUACGCGUCGCGCCUCUGCACCUCGGACCGCAGCUUCUACUCCUACGUGGAGGUCCCGCUGCAGUGCCACGGCGGCUACAACCUAGCUCAAGGGGCGUGGCUAGGAAACCACUCAGGGGAGGCCGCCCUGUUUGUUGUCAUGGCAGCAGGACAAGCAUCCACGCCUGUAGCGACGAGCCGCUCAGCACUAUGUGUUUAUGGGAUGGCAAAGCUGGACGCCAUGCUGAGGAGAGCUCAGGAGGUGUGUUACACCAACGGAGGACAGAGAGGGGGACAGGAGGAGGCGUACAUCGAGUACGCCGUGUCCUCCAAGUGUCUGAGACUACCAAAGGACUCUCUAACUGAGUACCCGUGUGGAGGGGAACACACUCCUAACCCCAUCGCCAGUGCUGUCCCACUACAAGCCACGCCCACUUUCACCUCCGCCAGCCAGCUGACAGCUGUCACCACGGCAACGGAGGCAGGUCACACCAUCGCCUUCCUUGGAGACAGAGAAGGACGUCUGCACAAGGUGUUGGUGCACUCUGAUGGAUCAGGUGAUCUGUAUGGCAGCAUCUUGGUGGACCGCAGUAACGGUGUCAGCGCUGAUCUUCUCCUGGACGAGAGCCGGCAGCAUAUUUAUGUUCUAACCACCAGCAAGCUGUCGAAGGUUCCUGUGUCGUCCUGUGAGAGACAGACAGACUGUGGAGCCUGUCUGUCUGCCAGAGACCCGUACUGUGGCUGGUGUGUCCUGGAGGGCAGGUGUUCUCGUAAAGACGCGUGUCCACGUCACACGCAGACCAACCAUUGGCUCUGGAGUUUUGAGCCGACCAAUCAGUGUGUGACAGUGAUGAGCCUGCAGCCGGCCAAUCAGAGCAAAGAUGAACAGACUCAGGUAACGCUGUCAGUCGUCCAGCUUCCCGCCCUCGCGGAGGCGGAGUCUCUGUCCUGUGUGUUUGGGCUCCUCUCACCUCAGCCAGCCAUCGUCAUAGGAACCAGUAUCACCUGUCAAUCACCUGCUCCGGAGCUCCUCCCACCCAUGCCGAGAGGAAGUGAUCACGUGAUCCUGUCCGUGUCUCUGAUGUUUGGUCACGUGACCAUCACCACAGGAAGCAUGACCUUCUACGACUGUGGAGCCGUGAGCCGCCUCAACCAGAGCUCCCAGUGUUUGGCAUGUGUCAGCAGUGUGUGGAGCUGUAACUGGUGUCCUCUGGAUCAACUCUGCACGCACAACCAGAGCUGCUACAACCAACACAUCAUCCUCAACCAGAGAGACUCUCCCGGCCUGUCGUCCUGCCCCGUGGUGUUUGCUCUGCAGAGUUCUGCGUUGGUCCCGUUGGGUCUGAGCAGCUCUUUGGUGCUGCAGGGACGAAACCUGGACGUCUUCACCGAUGAAGCUCAGUAUGUGUGUGUCGUUGAAGUAGAAGGAUUCCAGUUCAACCUGACGGCUGAUGCAAAGAAAACAAACGACAACACUCACACCUUUACCUGCAGCUCACACCAGUUUCAGUUUGCCGUCAGUCAGCUGCAGUACUCAGCACCUGUCUACCUGCGCAGAGGAGAGAGACGCAUCGAUGCAGCACCUGGCCUCAGACUUCACCUGUACGACUGCUCAGCCGGCCAAUCAGACUGCUCUCAGUGUCGGGCGGUGCCGCCUGAGUACGGCUGUGUUUGGUGCCAGGGAGGCUCCACCCCCAGCUGUGUUUACAACCAAUCCUGUGGCAGUGUACCUGCAGACACCUGUCCUCCUCCCCUUAUUACAAAGGUGUUACCUGUCUCCGGGCCUCUGGAGGGCGGAGUCCUGAUUACCAUCACAGGAUCCAAUCUGGGGAUGAGGUACCAGGAUGUGGUGGGCGGAGUCACUGUGGCAGAUGUUCAGUGUGGGGUUCUACCUGAAGGGUACCUGAUCUCCACCCGGGUGGUGUGUGAGCUGCAGCAAAGCGGGAGGCAGAGGGAGGGGCCUGUCCUGGUCACUGUGGGAACAACGCCCCCUGGGAGGUCCACACAGAUCUUCACCUAUCAGGACCCCCAGCUGCUAGAUCUGGUUCCUGAUAAAGGUCCAGUCUCUGGAGGAACCAGAUUGACCAUCAGGGGGCGCCAGCUGCUGACAGGACAGAAGACAGACCUGAGCGCUUUCCUGGGCCCCCAAACCUGCUACAUUGUGGAGGAGGUGAAUGACACCCAGCUGGUGUGUCAAACAGGGUCCAGUAAUCAGACAGGAGGUGUUCCGGUCCGGGUGUUCUUCGGCAAAGCUGAGAGAACAGUUCCAGGCGUUUCCUUCCGUUACCUUGACGACCCGGUCAUCGUGGAAGCCACGCCCUCAGAGAGCUUCUACGCAGGCGGGCGUGUCAUUAUGGUGACCGGCCGAAACCUGGACGUGGUGCAGAAGCCAAUCAUAGCAGUGUGGGUGGAGCCUGUGGACGUUCAGAGGGUGAGACGGAGAAGACGAAUGGCUCUGCUAACGGCCCGAAAACAGCUGGUCUUCAACAGCACCAUGACAACGGUGCUGGAGCAUUGCUCAGUCCAGUCAUCUUCUCAGAUGACCUGUCUUACUCCCACAGUGUCUCCUGAGGUCAAGGUCAAAGGGGUCUGGUUCCAGCUGGACAACGUCAGAGUUCACUUUGAGAGCAUCCAGGGUAAGAGCUUCAAGUACUAUCCCAAUCCGGACUUCUUCCCUCUGAAUCGAGAGGCUCCAGAUUCUCCGUACCGCUUCAAACCAGGAGGAGUGAUCGCUGUGGAGGGUCAGGACCUGAUCAGAGCCAUCUCCAGACAGGAAGUGACUGCUCGUCUGGGGGAAGAGGAGUGUGAGGUGAAGACGUUGGACAACACUCAUCUGUACUGUGAACCUCCAGAGACACAACCACUGAGCACAGAGGACCACCAGCUGCCCAGCCUCAAGGUGUUCAUGGGAAACCUGCAGGUGGAUCUUGGAUUGGUUCAGUACGACACAGACUCUCUGUUGUCUCCCGUCCCAUUGGCUGCUCAGAUCAGUUUAGGGGCGGGGGCAGCCGUCAUCAUCCUGUCAGUGCUGGUCGUCAUCCUAAUGUAUAGGAGGAAGAGUAAACAGGCUCUCAGAGAUUAUAAAAAGGUUUUGCUGCAGUUGGAAACUCUGGAGAUCAACGUGGGAGAUCAGUGCCGCAAAGAGUUUACGGACCUGAUGACUGAAAUGAUGGACCUGAGCAGUGAUGUUGGAGGACCAGGACUCCCCCUGCUGGACUACAGGACAUAUGCAGAGAGAGUCUUUUUUCCUGGCCAGCAGGUGGCCCCACUGAGUCGCCAGUUGGACCUGCCGGAGUCCAGGAGGCAGACUGUCGAGCAGGGUCUGAUGCAGCUUAACAACCUGCUUAACAACAGGCUCUUCCUCACCCGUUUCAUCCACACUCUGGAGGCCCAGCAGGGUUUCUCUCAGAGAGACCGGGGUUAUGUAGCCAGUCUGCUCACCAUCGCUCUGCACGAUAAACUGGAGUACUUCACGGAGGUGAUGAAGAGUCUGCUGCAGGACCUGGUCCAGCAGUAUGUGGCCAAGAACCCCAAACUAAUGCUGCGCCGGACGGAGACGGUGGUGGAGAAGAUGUUGACUAACUGGAUGUCGAUCUGCCUGUACUCCUUCCUGAAGGAGGUAGCGGGGGAGCCUCUCUACAUGCUCUACAGAGCUAUAAAGUAUCAGGUGGAUAAAGGCCCGGUGGACGCUGUGACGGGGAAAGCCAAACGGACUCUGAACGACAGCCACCUGCUGCGAGAGGACAUCGACUACAGCGCCAUGACUCUGACAGUGUUGGUGAAGAGUGGAGUGGAGGUGCAGCCGUGUCCAGUGAAAGUGCUCGACACCGACACCAUCACACAGGUGAAGGAUAAAAUCAUGGAUCAGGUCUACAGAGGUGCUCCGUUCUCUCAAAGACCAGCAGCAGACAGUCUGGACCUCGAGUGGCGUUCAGGUCAGGCAGGUCACCUGACCCUGUCAGAUGAUGAUGUCACAGCGGUGGUUCAAGGUCGUUGGAAACGACUCAACACUCUGCAACACUACAAGGUUCCAGACGGAGCCACCGUCGCUCUGAUUCCCCGAUCUCAGAGUUCAGGUGGAGUCGGAGUCAGCCAGGUGUUCCAGACUGGAGAGAGGAACAUGUUGAAUGUGGGGAACGUCUGGAACGUUGGAAACGCGUGGAACGUGGGGAAUGUGUGGAACUUGGGUAACACGGAGAACUUGGGGAAUGUGGGGAACAUGGGGAAUGGGUGGAACGUGUAG